AUCCACCAUCGUCGCCAUUUGGGACCCAUCGUGGGACGAGGACAACGCCAGAUUCGAAGCGUACAGUGCCCAUCUUUCAAUGUGUGGGCGACUUGUUAGAAAUUGUGAGUGGUAUUUGAGGUGAAAAUAACCUCCACCGUUAUCAAGUCGAUUGCGUUGAAGUGGUUAUUGAACACCAAAAAGCUUAUCAUUAUUACUUAUUGAUCAGUUAGUUAUCAUCCAACGUUCCCAAGCGAAAAGAAGACGAAUUAGUUGACCAUAGCAGUGUUUUGUGAUCAAAAUGCAUUGUUAUUGUAUUGUUUGAAAAAUCUUGAAAAUGAGAACCUGAAUUCAAUAACCGAAGCAAUACUGUACACGUAUAGCCCAAAUAAUACCGAAAUAUGUUAAACCACGAGAAGAUUAAUUCAACCUUGAGCUCUGACAACGAUGGUGAAAUAAACGAUAUGGACCAGAACCUAGAAAUGGAGGCUGAUUACUAUGCAUUGAAAAAAUGGGAAUUGGGAUUUCUGAGACAAGAAUGUGUGAAUUUGGGAUUAGAAACAUUUUAUAACAAAUAUAUGGCACGCGUUCAGCGCAGUUAUCUGUCAAUAUUUGUAGUACUGCAGACUUUUAUCAGCGUAACUCAUGUGGUGGUAAUCGUAACUGGAGAGCAACACCCAACCGCUGCCAUACAUCCUGAUCUCAUCUGCUACACAUUUGGAAGUUUGAUAGUUUGGAUAUCAUUGUUUGCUGCCUUUAAGGAAAGAUUGAUUAAAGCUUAUCCAUGGGUUCCAUAUGUUACCUCUUGUGCGGCAGUGUUUACACUCAUCAUCACGGAUUUGACGAUACCUUUGUACCAUGCAGUUAUUACAUUCAUGAACCCACCACUUAGACCAUCGUAUGCCAGUCAUAUUAUUUUUGCAAUUUAUAUUUUUCUUCCUCUGAGCGAGAAUUUGCAUGUGAUUAUAUUGGGUGCAGCAACUACAAUCUGCUAUUUGAUCAUAAUGACAUUGAUUUCCUAUCGUUUGGAAUCCGAUAUUAUUUUGAAAGUUGCAACAGAAUUCAUCUAUUUUCUGUGUUUGAAUUUAUUUGGCUUGCAUUUUCGUUUGAUCAACGAAGCUGCGAUUCGACGGACUUUUUUGGAUCGACGAGAACUUGUUGAAGGGAAUUUGCUGUUAAAAUUCGCUCGAAACCAGGAGAAAGAAUUGCUACUCAGCAUAUUACCGGAACAUACCGCUGAACUGAUGGAAAAAGAUAUUAGGGCUAUGAUCGAAAAAAUGCGCCACGAUCAUCGCAAUACCAUAAACACACAGAACUUCUUCAGAACAGGAACGCAAUGGAGAUCAAUCAAUAAGUUAUAUGUGCAAAAGCAUACAAAUGUCACAAUCCUUUACGCGGAUGUUGUUAAUUACACCCAAAUAACAACGCAGCUGCCAGUACGUACAUUGGUGGAUGUUUUGCAUGAACUUUUUGUGAAAUUUGAUGAAGCAGCGAAGGAAUUCCAUGUGUUGAGGAUAAAGUUUCUCGGCGACUGUUACUAUUGUGUUUCUGGAGUACCCAUCAAGAAUAAAUAUCACGCAAAAAGUUGUGUAGAUUUGGGCUUACGCAUGAUCAAAGAUAUUCGAGAUGUACGCAUGUCGAGGGAUUUGAAUAUUGACAUGCGAAUAGGAAUUCAUUCCGGAAGCAUUAUAUCCGGUGUGAUUGGUGCAUGUAAAUGGCAAUACGAUAUUUGGUCGCGAGAUGUGAUAAUAGCAAACAGAUUGGAAUCAACCGGAGAAGCAGGAAAAGUUCACGUAACCAUGCAGACUUUAGAGCUUUUGGACAACGAGUAUAUCUAUGAAGACGGUACCGAGAAAGCAAAAACUGAUCCCACACUUAUAAAGCAUAACAUUCAAACAUAUCUUAUUGUCCCACAAUUUUAUGAAAAUAAUAACGAUUUUUUAACACCAUGCUCAAACAGCCGCUUGUCAGUAGGAGUGAAGAGAAAAACGAUCCAAAAUAAGAAAGAACGCAACCUGAUAACAAGAAACUUCAUGCAGAACUCAAUGGAGCAAUUUCGUGAAAUCAUGAAGCAAACAAACGUGGAAAUGGCUCAAGAAUUGGAUCGAAUGCCAAUUGGAAAAUUUCAGUUCAACAAAAUUUUUUCUACUUCUCACCAAACCACAAAUGAUGUGUCGAACGAUCUUCGCCUGGAUAAUAUAUCCACUUUCUUCAUGCUAUUCGAAACGAAACAUUGGGAAUGGUCCUUCAUGAAACAACCUGAUUUGAUGCUAAAGUAUAGUGUGCUCAUGAGUUUUGCGGUAUUUAUUUGCAUUUUUUCGAUACAAGUUUUCAACAAUGCGUCCGGAUUCUAUUUUUGGCUAAUGAUGUCAUUAUCUGGAAUAAUACUGUUUAUACUUGUUCCAGUGACGUGGUUCAAAAAGCUUUGGGAUGUGUAUACACCGUAUUCUUCAGACGACUUACUGAGGGUUCGAAUACCUCGCUCGAAAUUUUUUAGGAUGUUGUAUGAUUUUUCAAACAAUAUUAUGGAGAAUUUCUUCAUUAGGGCGAUUAUCUAUUUUGUUACAAUCCUCAUUCUACUGUUAUGUUCGUUAAUAUAUCUUGUUGAAUGCAACUACGAACUCAAUAACCAGCUAAGUCAAGAAUCAUUUUCUGGUAAGAAAUUCUGUACAAAUUCUUGGUCGGUCACCCAAUGUCUUACGUUAACUAUCGGAAUGGCUUUUCUUUUUCUGAGAAUUCAUUUUAUACUAAAGGCAAUAUGCGGACUGGGAAUCCUUUCGUUUUACUCCUGGGUUGUUUUCGAUGAAUUAUAUUACAUUUACAACAACAGUGCCAGCAUGAAUCCAGGGAUGAAUCCAAAAGUUGCUCAUCUUAUGUUAGUAAUUUUCACGGUGAUUAUAUUCCACUGGAUCGAUCGUCAAUCGGAAUAUAUUGCAAGAGUUGAUUACAACUGGAAGCGACAACUCUUGAACCAGAAAGAGGAAGCAGAAGUCACUAAACAAACGAAUAAAAUAUUGGUGGAAAACAUCCUUCCUACACAUGUUGCUGAAAUAUAUAUUAAUCGACAGUUGAAGAACGAAUUUUAUAACGAAGAAUACGAGAACGUUGCAGUAAUGUUUGCAACAAUUAAAAAUAUGGAAAUCAACACAGACAUUCCCGUUGAAAAUGAAAAAAGUGUUUUGAAAAUAUUGAAUGAAAUUAUUUGUGAUUUUGAUGAAAAAUUGCAAUAUUUCGAUGGAUAUUUCAAAGUAGAAAAAAUAAAAGUGGCUGGAUGGACCUAUAUGGCAGCUUGUGGCCUGGACCCAGCACGCUGCGAUUCGUCAUCUUCGCUAGGAACAUAUCGAUCAAUGUCAGGAAUCACACGUACAUCCCUAAUGACCAAUGGCAGAAGAAGUUUAAAUCCCACCACGUCUGAUGCAAUGAAUCUACAAUCAAAUCACAACAAUUCAAAUACAAGACAAAGUAAUAACGUAACGAUAGUGAUGGCCGAAUUCGCUCUGGAACUAAUGAAGGUCCUGAGGGAUUUCAGCAACGAAAAUUUCAAACAAACUAAUCCUGGAUUGCUUCGAGUAGGAAUUUCAAACGGAAAAGUUAUGGCCGGUGUAGUGGGUUCGAGUAAACCAUUGUAUGAUAUUUGGGGCAAUGCUGUUAAUAUGGCAUCCCGAAUGGAUUCAACGGGAGUGCCAGGUAGAAUUCAGAUAACCGAAGAAAGUGCACAGGUUUUACAAAGUUAUGGCUAUCAGUGCGAAUAUAGGGGUAGAAUAUUUGUUAAAGGAAGAGGAAAAAUACCCACAUACUUUGCAAGCAUCAAUGAAAAUUAUGAAUUUAUAAAAACGGAAAUACUUAAAAACCUUUCGACUAAACUAUAAAACUGUAAA